AUGACAUCAGCUGUUGGAUCCAUUCUAAUGGGACUCUGCCUGUGCCUUGUGGUCACAUGGGCAGAAGAUAUUGAGGCUAAAAACCGACAAUAUGUGUGUCCUAAAUUUGAUCCUGCGGUUUGUUUAACGGCUAAACCUGGGCCUGAUGAAUGUAAAGAUGACAGCCAGUGUACCUACCCCUACAAAUGCUGCUGCUCCAACUGUGGCUUACAGUGUAUCCCGCCUGUACAAGUGAAAAACGGGAGAUGUCCUAAUUUAGCGGCAAAAUGUCAAUGGCCGUUUCCUAAACCAGAGUGUAACAGUGACAAUGAAUGUCCUGGGAUCCAGAAAUGCUGUGAAUACUGUGGAAAGAGCUGCUUUGAUCCAGACCCAGGUAAUUUUGUGACAACAGCUUUCUAA